AUGGACUUUCCCGGAAGCGCCACCACCAAUAUACAUUUAAUUGAUGGCUUUUCUACUAUCUAUUGGAGGAUAUACACCGAGGAACAAGGCAUCUCAAAUCACCCGCAAGAUGGUCCAGCUAAUGGCUAUACCAUUUUGAAGCAUCUGGGUCGCCUCAAGGAUCUGGAGGCUCGAUUGCGGGGGUUGAACUGCCUGGCCUCUUGUCCGAGGCGUCUCGGUCUAUGGGUCUUUUCCUCCACCCCCGCCUUCGAAAGUCUAGCCUCCCUCUAUGUCAAGGAGGGCGAUACGGAAACAACGAAGAUACUGGUGGAUACAACCAAGCUCAAAGUUUCGGCAUCCGGCAGUGUUGCUUCCCAAGAGUUGAUCAAAAACCUUCCGCCGGACCCUCAAACUGCCCCUGCGACUCAGGCAUCCGUACAGCAAAGACCUCAACAACCUCAGUCUGCAGCCCGACGACAAGAAGGCUACAAUAGCUCGGCCGCCAUAUACGCUUCUUUCAUCUCAGCCGUCACCGGUGCAAUCAGUGUACAUCUCAUCCGGAGCUAUGGCGCAUUACCACUAGGUUCACGUACCUUAUUUACUGCUGUGGAAAAUUUUGGCUAUGAGGGUCCUCGCAUCGAUAAUCAAAGUGUGCUUUCCAAGUCCUGUUUAACCACCCUCAAUGUCCAGUUGAACGCCACGGGCACCUUAACGAUAUCCCCGCAAACCAUUUCACAACCGGGCAUUACACGACUUUGUAGCCCCCGUGACGACAUUGCCGAUCUUUUGCGAGUUCAGCCUGGUACCGAUAUCUGGCUAUGUCCCAAUGGGGCUAUCGCGAGACUUGUGACUGCAAAUAUUGAAUCCCCCGCCAUUCCUUCCCCCGAGUAUCCGUCAUCGGCAACUAAUUUCUCAAGGCAACAACAGUGGAAACUGGAUGUUGUUCAGUGGUUAGCCAAUUUUGGUUUACACAUUGAUUCCAUAGACGAGGAGCCGUGGGUGGAGGUGGAGGUGUGGGAACCGUUCUUUGCAAGAUUGGCUGGAGAAACAUGGCGCCAAAGCGAGGAUGCCCAGUCGACGCUUCCCUUGAAGCGCAUGUUGUGGCCUGCGCGGUUUUGCUUCAAAAGAUCUGGUCCGAUGAUCCGCCCCUCCUGCCCGUCUCAUACCUUUGAUGACCCGUUAGAGUUCGCCGAGCAAUGGUUUUCAGAAGCUAGCUCCCUCAAACUGAAUCAAGAACCUCCAAAUAUCCCCAUCUCGGCAGAAAUCCCGAUGAAGGACCAUGAUAUGGCCUCCCCUCAAAUUGACAGUGCAGAAAACCUAGAAAGUCUUUCUCGGAUGGCCCAAUAUCCCGAUCUACAAAGUACCAAUAUGGUCUAUCCAACUCCACCAGAGGGUGCAGCUAUUGUCGGAACUAACAACCCGCAUGCGUCCGAGAUUUCACCAGAUGAUCCCGACUUCAACCUAACGCCAGGCGCAGGGCAAUAUGCGAAAAAUGUCUCUCAUGUGGAAUUUUCGCCCGACCUUCAGGUGGGCACAGGUCGAUAUGACGCGAGCGAUGAUGAGGAUCUUUUCGGAGACAUGAAUGAUAAAGACUUUGGAGCAAAGGGAAUUACCGACGCAGACUUCAGCUUCUUCGAUGACCCAGACCUCGAGACGAUGGAUGAAGGUAUGCCUGAUCAGGAGAAGCCGACGGCAGAAACCCCUCUGAUGCCGCCAGAUCAGCAGGCUUCGGUUAAAGAGGAGCCUAAGGAAGAAGUUAGGGAAGAACCUCCUGACGAUGGCUCACUAGAGGUCCCACAACCUACCGAUGUGAAGGAAGGUCAUUUGCACAAAAUGGAGGAGCCUCAAGCGAGCCCAGUUGACGAGAGCCAAAAUCUCAGACGAUCAGCCCCCCCAUUGAGCCCUGUCGAGAUCAAGAAAAUCUUGUUCCCGGGAUCAGAAGCCGAAGAUCUGAACCAGUCCAGUGACGCACUAUUUCAACAAGGUCACUAUCACCCUAUUGCAUUUGAAAAGAAAAUUGGCGACUGGGAUCAAAAAUAUGGAACAGCAGGGAAAUUUUGGUUUACCACCGGAAAUGCAUCAGAGGCAUCGGAUCGUAACUCCAUUCCUACUAUCGGCAUGCCUCAUCGUGGCAGAGGUAGUAUUGCAACAAAAUCUACGGGCGAAAGCGCAGCUCUUUCAUCCCUGGACAACCACACUCGUUCCUCGUCUGUUUCAAGCAGCUCCGACAGUGAUUUGAGUGACGAGGCUCCCCUAACCAACGCCCCGACGCCAUUGGCGAUGGUCAUUCCAUCAUUGAAGAGAAAACGCGUGCCCUCCGAAUCUGAUAUUCAAUCUGUUGUAUCCCUGGCCAAGUCUUCGGCAGUCCCCGAAAAUGGUUCAGUCUCUAAGGGUGACAACACUACAUUUCUUGGGAAUUUCCUGGCCAAUUUCUCCGACUGGACUUUUAUUGGCUAUUUCUCUGCUACGCAGAUCCAACAAGUGCCAGUCCUUCUCCGACGAGAAGACCAGGUUUCGAUUGCUCAAUUGCUAGUCGACCAAAUUACGCAGUCGUCUUUUGAUCAUCAAUUAGCGGACCAUGUCGGCUUAUCUAGCAUCAAUAGCGAGAACUUUCCUUUGGAGGCGUGCCUUGAGGGUGCAAACUUCCUUGGCGACCUGGUGAGGCUCGAUCUCAAAGCAUACACAUCAUUACAAGAGGAUCCAGCAACAGCACAGCAACCUCCGAAAGAUUCUUCCAAGGGACCUAUCUCAAAGUCCUUUCCUCCGCAUGUUCGUGUUCGGCGGGGCAAAGAUUGUCUUGAGGCUCUUCCACCUUCGAUUUCAUUCUGGGAGACAUUUGGUCUCGAACCUGCUCAUGGUAAGAAGGAUGUUUCGGCCUAUUGUAUUCACCCCCAGGCUGCAUCGAAUGCAGCAGAUGUAUUCAUGGAUCGCUUUGGUCUUCUCUACCAAAGUUGUAACUUCGGAAAUCAUACUCGGGGAGAUCAGUCGAAAGCAUUUACAAACGGUCUCAGGACGUGGGGCCCGGAAAGCUCCGACUAUAGCUCCAUGAUGCAGUCUUUGAAUAAGAUUUGCGAAAAGCUAGGGACUGAGCUGGCACAAGCCCCGCCAGAUACAGAUAAUUGUGUUGUCUACAUUGUCAACCCUUUUCCACAUGCAGCAGCACUUGUCGAUAUUUGCGCGGCUUUCUGGCGCCUUUUCCAACAAUUGGCUGCGGAUGCUGACUGGCAGCAAACUCGGCAACUCAACGAUGUUGUCCUGCAAAUCAUUCCAUUAGAAUUCAUUGUCUCGGAAGAUUCCAUGGUUGUACCAACUCAGCCCGAAUACCUAAAUCUUGCGCUAGAAGUAUACAGUCGCUGCCGCCCCAAAGAUGCCGAUCCGAGCCCCUUUGUUUGUGCCCCUGCUAUCGUUCUGGCCGAUCCCGCGCCAAAAAGCAUUGGCUUUCGACUUGCACCGGAGAGGGGGUCACCGCUCCAAGACGGUCGAAGCUUGCAUCUGGCCCUCUCAAGGAGCUCGGAUCAACGUUGGAUCUCAGCUGCAUGGUCCGAUGGGACUGGUAGCCUUCAGAUGGCAAUGUCGUAUUGCCUCAGGUAUCGCAGUCGAAGUGCGCCCAGACCGAUUGCCGACGUGCGCAAUGAAAUAUGGGCCACGACAAAACAUAUCAUGGAGAAUUAUCAGGCUCGCUGGAAGCUCGUUCUGGUCAACACUGAGCCGAUGGAUACCGAUGAUAUCGAAGGAUGGGCCAGCCUUUCCGAGCAACUUAACAAGCUCCGGCCUGGUGCUGUGGAGUUGACUAUCGUGACAGUUAGUACCAUUCCCGAUUUGGUACUCGAGACACCCACCGCACCAAUGACAACCGGUGUCCUUAACCCUCACUUCUCAUCUACGCCCGUUUCGACUCCCAACCCGAGUAUAAGCAUCGCCUCCCCCGAACAGGCUGGCAACGCCCCAACUCCGGGAGCUGCGUACAAUGCGCCAACCCCGACCGACGGCUCCUUGGAACCUGAUCCGGAUGUCGUUCUCACUGACAUGUGCGACGAAUCCUGGGCAGUCAUAUUAUCCCACCGCCUCAACAACUCCCACCACGUCACCGAACUCCGCCCCGCGCUGGUUAGCGGGUAUCUUCUUCGCCGCAAAGGCGUCGCCGACAGCGACGGCGUCUUUGCAAUGACCGUCAAUUUGGUCCACACACCUCGCCCAUCACCAUCCCAUGAAAUCCUCCUGAGAGAGGUUCUCGGCAUGUAUCGAGAUCUAGCAACCCUUGCCCGGGCAAGGGGUAUUCGCAGCGUACAGAACAAUACAAUGCCGUGGCACAUUGCCACUGCUCUGCGAGCGCAGGAGCUCCUGAGCUAUAUUCUGUGA